AUGGUGCUCAAGAUGGGGGUCUCCACCCUCGUGGCGGGCAUGUUUCUCACCGGCUGUGCAAACAGUCUCCUCUCCAAGUAUCAAGACAUGGAAUGCGUAGAGCAAUGCGAUACAAGCACUCCCAUUGCGUUCGAACAGCCUGUGUGGCAAACAUUGAAUAUGUUCAUCGGCGAAUUUGGAUGCUGUCUUCCUCUUCUAUGGAGCUACUAUCAUGGUCGCGAAAAGAAGACCUCCAGCGGCCCCCAGGCGUCUGUGUUUAGUCGCAUUGUCGCUCGUCUUCCGCUUGGCUCAGGCCCCACUACUCAACCUGAAGGCUACUCUCGCGUUGACGUCCACCUUGAAGAAGAUUCGGAGGCCGAGGAUGAGGACGCGGGUCACUUUCUGCAAGGCUGGAGGAUGUGCUGGAUGUGGUUUCCCGCUUUCUUUGACAUAUGUGGGACCACGCUCAUGAAUGUUGGGCUCAUUCUCACCCCGGUCUCUAUAUUCCAGAUGUCUCGAGGUGCCCUUGUACUCUGGGUGGGGGUGAUGUCUGUCAUCUUUCUCCGUCGACACCUUUAUCUGUACCAAUGGUCCGCCCUGAUCAUCGUUACUUUGGGUGUUUGUCUUGUCGGCCUCUCAGGAAGCUUGGUCAAGGGAGCCGUCAGUGACCCUGUCGACUUUGUACACACACUUUCCACUGCGCCCGCAAAUGACCCUGCUCGGGUCGCAGUCGGCGUCAUGCUCAUUCUCUUUGCCCAGAUCUUCACGGCGUGUCAAUAUGUGGUAGAGGAGAAGAUCAUGUCUCGCUAUCGAGUAGACCCAAUGAAAGCGGUCACGCUUGAGGGCUUCUUCGGUCUUACGACUACUCUUCUUGCUAUGCCGUUCCUCCACCUCUUCUUCCACGACAAAUCCCCCUACUUUGACAUCCCUCGAGGCUGGCAGCAAAUCAUCUCCACCCCUACUGUGCUCUACUCUUGCUUUGCCAUCAUGCUCUCCAUCGGCUCCUUCAACUUUUUCGGUUUGAGCGUCACUAGCAGCGUCAGCGCCACCACAAGAAGCACUGUGGACACCUGCCGUACCUUGGGGAUUUGGGUAGUCAGCUUGGCUUUAGGCUGGGAGGCUUUGGUGUGGCCGUUCUCCUUGCUUCAAGUGACCGGUUUUGCCAUGCUAGUCUAUGGAACGUUUGUUUUCAACGGCCUUCUCAAACCUAUCAUUUUCCCUCCACCUCCUAGCAUUCAUCUUCCUCACGAGCCAGAGCUCGAAGAGACCGGCGAAGUGCCUGCCGCUGGCGCUCAAGGCAGAGCCGGCUACGACGUUGUGCCGGAGAAUGAACACCGAGCUUAG